GCGUACGCGCAUGUGGUUCAUUUCUCAUGCGUUACUCUCUUAUAGCAUUUAAUACAUUAUUAACCAUUGAAUCGUAUCCCAAGCAGUUUGUUUCAAUUGACAUUGAAACUUUAUUGAUAGGCACCGGUUUGAUAACAAGCUCGGUUUCUCGGUUUUCAUUUCUUCGAUUGGAGACACAUGGAUGAUACUGGAUUAGCAUAGGUCAAUAUCAGGAAUAUUUUUGCUUCAGACCAAUAUUUUGAAAAGGGUUAGGACAAUAACAAACAAAGGAACAUGUCUUCCAGAAACGAGAUGCACAGUUUUAAGUGCCGUGAUGUAACAACCAUAACAGUAUCAGCAAUAUUUGCAGCCAUCUUUUUCAUUACUGGUUUUUUUAUGAACAAAUAUGAGAUUACACAACUCAUUUUAGACGAUAGAUUAAAUAUGCGCGAGUUCAUGCCUCAUUUCAAAUGGUGGAAAAAUACAUCAGACGUGCUAGUUACAUGUAAAAUAUAUGUCUUCUCUGUUACAAACGAACAACGAUGGAUGGACGGACUAGAUGAGCGUCUCAACUUUGAAGAAAUUGGUCCAAUUACUUAUCGUGAAACACUCGAUCACCUGAACGUCAUAUUUCAUUCCAACAAUUCUACAAUGUCCUACACCUCACGUCGGCAGCUGGUUUUUAUGCCCGAACAAAAUCAGAAUGGAGUUUUAAAUAAAACAAUAGUUGUACCCAACAUUGCUGUUCUAGGAAUGGCAGCGAAAUUGCAAGAUUCAAACUCUUUUGUAAAAUGGGGAUACCGACUGAUGCUUUCGAGUUCUGGAGAUCAAGUUUUCCUCAAUACAACAAUUUACAAUUAUCUUUGGAACCUAACCAGUCCUAUCAUGAACUCGGCUCGAAAAAUUGUACCAUUUAUGGUCCCUUUGGAUAACAUUGGAAUACUGAGUGUGAUGUAUCAGGACUACAGCGAUCGCGUUAACAUCCGCCAUGGAAAACAGCACGGAAACGAACAGUUUUUCAUGAUUAAUACUUACAGAAGUCGCCAAACAGUUCCAGGUUUUAUUCCUGAAAACGGAGACUGCUUUGCAUCGAUAGUAAAUGCAUCUGAAGGAGCUUCUUAUCAACAGAAUCUGAAUGAAAGCUCUGUGCUCAUUUAUUGGCGACGUACGUUAUGCCGUGCAGUUCCGUUGUAUUUUCAGAUGAAAGUGCACCGCGGACCAUUAAUUGGAUACAAAUUCAUAUUACCAGAUGAUUCUUAUGAUCGCUUACCAAAUUCUACAGCAGAUUGUUACAAAGGCCAAAGCGAUUCUCUAGAAAAUGGUAUAACUGAUAUGUCGAAAUGCCUUUUAGGUUUUCCAGUAGCAGCAACCAGUCCACAUUACUUUGCUCGUAAUCUGUCAAGGGCACAGAAAAUAUCUGGAAUGGCACCUAAUAGAGAUAAACAUAAUAGUUACAUAAUUGCUGAUCCUUCUUUUGGAAUUCCGCUUGAUCAAUGUGCACGAACCCAAAGUAAUUUAGUGCUUCCCGAAAUGAGCGGUUUCUCUGACGAAAUAAUGAAAUUUAGUGAAAUGAUCGUACCAAUGUUUUGGAUAGAAUAUCACCAAAGCGAGCUUCCCUUGUACAUAGUUAAAUCAUUGCAGAUAUUUUAUAUUAUCAAAGCCGCCCAGCCGUAUUUACCGUAUUUCUUCUAUAUUUUAUUUACCAUGCUAUUGAUGUUUGGCAUUCGCAGGACACAACAGUUCGAUAUUGGUGCGAACAAAAAGAGCAUUCGUUUGAAAGACAACAACAAUCACAAUAAUAAUAGUAAUGAUGAUAAUAAAAAUAAUAUCAAUCAAUACAAUAAGACCAAUAGGGAAAGAAAAAAUAUUAAUGGAAACAAUGAUUUAUCACUAUAAAAAAGUGAAAAAAGUAAAAACAAAAUCUGUUAUGAUGGCUUAUUGUAUUCAUAGUGUUAUAGACAGAUCAUCGCGUUUUACAUAAUGCCAAGCCUAACCAGUUUGAACAUUCCGUCCACCUACACAAUACUACUCCACUCUACAUAAAAUAUGUAUUUGUUUGUUCUUACAUCAUCUGACACAUGAGUGAUUUUUCUUCUCUGCGUGGACUCAUCACUGCGAUCAGAGACAUUUGAUCAAUUGUGAUAUUGCCCAGGUAUUUUCUGUACCCCGCAAUUCAAAUCAAAUUUCUUUUAGGGCCCAAAACAAUCCUAAACUUAUCAGAAGUCGAUUGAUGUUGUCUCCGCCUGGCGCAUUGCUUUUUAAAUUUAUAUGAAAAUUUGUAUGGAAAACCCGACUUUUUUGCAUUUCUCUUUCUAGUGAGCUCAGUGAUGUGCUACGUUAAAGUAUUUCAAAUGCUCAACAACUUUGCAGAAGACAUUGAAAAUCUAGGAUGUUCCUAAAAAAACUAAAGCUGUUCAAAGUUAAGUAUGUCGAAUUAAAUGCUGAAAAUCACUUUUUCUGCCAACACUACCAGUGUACCGGCUUCAGUAGGAUCUCCAUCAGAAAAAACUUGUUGUAUCGAGCUUAUACACUUAGCUGGACUAAGUAAAAAAAAAUGGUCAAUAUUCAGGGCGCAACGGGGUCAUAAAAAUCUGAUUGACGGCGGUACACUGGUAGUGUUGGCAGAAAACAUGAUUUUCAGCAUUCAGUUCGAUAUAUUCAAUUUUGAGCAGCUAUAGCAUUUUUUAUGGACAUUGUAGCUCCCCGAGUAACACACAAAACAUGUUAGAAAAGAAUGACAAUGACAGUAGUCAUAUAAGAGUACUAUAAGUGCAAUUGUAAACUUUUGUUGUUAUAUUCUUAUUCUCGAGAUGUUCUUUUAUAGCAUAAUUGUA